CCUGUCAUGUCGCGUCGGUGACCUGAUGGGGGAUUUCAACAUACACUGUAGUCUACUCAUAUUUGGGAGAUAUCAUCGUUUUUUAAAGGCAAGGCAAGGCAAAUUAAUCAACAAUGGGGGACAGAGGGAGAAAUAAACCUAGGAAGCACAAGAAAGAAAUAUGCGUCGGGGAGGAGUUCAAAAUUUCUGUAGACUUAGCUAUCCAAGAAUUCAGGCAUGACGAAUCAGAGACAGUCCUUGAGUUUCCAGCUUCAUUCAGCAAUAAUGAGAGGGCAUACAUUCAUCGUCUUGCUAUCUCCUGUGGUCUCAAAUCAAAGAGUAAAGGCAAGGGGUCCAAUCGUUACCUGACCCUAAUCAAGAAGUCUGUCAACAGGAUGGAUGAUGAUGGAGAGGAUGAUGGGUCCCCUGUUUUCCAGAUGGGAGCAGCAACUUGCAACGAGUUGCAGGGGUUGCUGCAACAGUUCCCAGUUACCGCUAAGGAGCGGCAGGAGUUGCAGCCCAAAGUGGAGCGUAGAAGAUUUGGGCCAAGUGAAGCCAACCCAGCUCGCGAGAUGAACAAGGCCACUGGACGUCUCAACAGCAGCCUGCCACAGGUUCCUUCUAAAAGAAACAAGUCAGACCUUGACAGCUUCCGUCAGACCCUACCGGUCUUCGCAAUGCAGAAUGAAAUCCUUUCAACCAUCAAUAACAACAAGGUAGUCCUAAUCGUAGGCGAAACUGGAUCUGGCAAGACAACUCAGCUUCCCCAAUUCAUUUUGGACGAGUGCUUUGAGAUGAAUCGACCAUGUCGCAUCAUCUGUACCCAGCCUAGGCGGAUAUCAGCACUAUCGGUCUCUGAGAGGGUUGCGUCUGAGAGAGGAGAGGCCAUUGGACAGACAGUGGGUUAUCAAAUCAGACUAGAGAGCAGAGUUUCACCGAAGACCCUCCUGACAUACUGUACCAAUGGUGUGCUCCUGAGAACCCUUAUGACGGGAGAUGCAGCCCUCGAUGUCAUCACUCAUGUUAUUAUCGAUGAAAUUCACGAGAGGGAUAGAUUCAGCGACUUCCUUGUGACCCAGAUCAGAGACCUGAUGGUACGCAAGAGACAUCUAACACUCAUUCUCAUGAGUGCUGCCCUUGAUGUUCAGCUCUUUAUACGCUACUUCAACAACUGUCCCGUCGUCUCGGUUCCGGGAAAUAUGUAUGAUGUCGAAGAGCUCUUUCUGGAAGAUGCCUUGAAGUGUACUCGAUACUCUACUCCAAAGAUGGUUGAAUAUCAGAAAGAAAAAGGAAAAGUUGCCAAGCAACAGCAACAGCUUACCAAAUGGUACACAGCAGACCAAGUGGGUGGAGCCUCGGCAAGCAAGAGCCAACCCAUGGCUCCGGUCCACCCGUCAGUAGACUCAUUAUCAAGGGACUUCCAGGGAACCUCUAUGGGACCAUCUGCAGCUGAUACAUCUAUUGACGUUGAGGACAUGCCCGAGUGGUUAGUCCAUGAUAUGGAUAGCGCCAUCUCAGACUGUUGGAAGACAGGCGAUAACGACUACUUCUCGCAACUCUUGUACCUGCUACUCAAUGAGAAUGUCAGUGUUGACUACGCCCACUCUGAGUCCAGCGUGACCCCUCUGAUGGUUGGAGCUGGACGGGGCAAGGUAGAGAUGGUUGAGCAGCUUCUAAGCCUUGGUGCAAAUGCUUCUCUCAAAGCAUCGGAUGAAAGGACAGCAUUGGAUUUUGCGAGGAUGUUCAACCAAACAGAGGUGGUGGAUCUUUUGCAAGCAUAUCUGGACACUGUCCAAGCCAGCAACGAGGAUGAGAGUGAGUUACUGAGGAAUCACAUCGAAGUGAGUACCGAAGACAGAGAGCUUCUUCAAGCCUACCAUCACAGCUUUGAUGACGAGAGGGUAGACCUGAAUCUGGUUCUUGCUCUCCUGGACUACAUAUGCAGCCACUCACAAGAGGGUGCCAUUCUAGUCUUCCUGCCCGGCUAUGAUGACAUCGUCUCCCUACGUGACAUGUUACUACAGGACGAUACCUUUAGUGAUCGUCAGUCCUUUCAGAUCUACACUCUUCACUCCAGCAUGCAGAGCCAUGAUCAGAAGAAAGUCUUCAAGACACCAGGUGCAGGCAUCAGAAAGAUUGUCUUGUCAACGAACAUAGCAGAGACCAGUGUGACCAUCAAUGAUGUAGUCUUCGUUGUAGACUCUGGCAAGGUCAAGGAGAAAUCCUUUGAUGCGAUUGCUAAUAUCUCAUCACUGAAGAGCAACUGGAUCUCCAAGGCUAGUGCCAAGCAGAGAAGGGGAAGAGCUGGUCGUGUACGUCCAGGCAUGUGCUUCCAUAUGAUCAGUAGAGUGCGCUUCCAGAGUCUACCAGACUUCCAGGUCCCAGAGAUCCUGAGGACACCAUUACAUGAACUCUGCCUUCACACCAAACUGCUUGCCCCGAAUGAGACAUCAAUAGGUGACUUCUUGAAGAGGGCUCCAGAGCCACCCUCUACUAUAGCUAUCAAGAAUGCCAUCGGCCUUCUCAAGUCCAUUGAUGCAAUGGAUAAGUGGGAGGACCUGACCGAGCUGGGCUGCCAUCUAGCAGACCUACCCGUAGACCCUAGGCUGGGUAAAAUGGUCCUCUAUGCCAUCGUCUUGAAGUGCCUUGAUCCAGUCCUCACUAUCGUGUGUGCUCUUGCCUACAAAGAUCCAUUUGUGCUUCCCAGCCACCCAUCUCAGAAGCGUGCUGCCAUGCAAGUGCGCAAGAAGUACACUUCCAACACAUUCAGUGAUCACAUGGCCUUACUCAGGGCAUUCCAGUCCUGGCAGCGAGCCCGUAGCGAUGGCUGGGAAGGGACCUUCUGUGAUAGGAACUUCCUUUCAAGAGCCACCAUGGAGAUGAUUGUAGGAAUGAGGACCCAACUGUUAGGUCAGCUCAGAGCAUCCGGCUUCGUGAGAGCAAGAGGACCGGGAGAUAUCCGUGAUCUGAACACCAACUCUGAGAACUGGGCAGUGGUCAAGGCAUCCCUGUGUGCUGGCAUGUAUCCCAACAUUCUCAAGGUGGACAGAGAACGCAGACAACUCACCACCAAAACUGAGUCCAAGGUACGCUUCCAUCCCAACUCUGUACUCCAUGAGGUGACUAAGGGCAAGACAUCCCUGAGUGAGGAGCAUAUGAGAACAGUAGAUAGCCUACCGUCAGACUGGCUCCUAUAUGAUGAGCUCACCAGCUCCCACUUCAGGACCAGUGUCCGAUGUGUGACCCUCAUCUCUCCCAUCACCAUCGCCCUGGUCUGUGGCCCCGCCCGUCUACCUUACGACGCCCUGGUCCUACCGGAAGGAACCGCCUCCUCCAUGGCAACCAGGAUGGGACCCAAUGGAGAUGCUGCUGCCAACGACUCCAGCGAAGGAGAGGAUGAUGAUUACAGGGUUGCCAAGGCAACGCUCAAGCUGGACGAGUGGUUGGUCAUCAAGUCUGAGUCUCAGGCAGCGAGCUUGGUCCUGCAGUUGAGGACCAAGUGGCAUACAUUGUUCAUGAGACGAAUGAGAACUCCAGCCAAGCCUUGGUCUCAAGCUGAUGAGGCUGUGCUGAAGACACUGAUUAAAGUACUGACCAAUGAAGAACAAUCACUUGGUCUCCAGCAGCCAGUAGGAGUGGGACAGAGACCUAAACCAAUGGCAAUAGAGCAGUUCAACAGCCCUCCCAGUGGCAGUAUGUCAAAUCGCUUUGCAAAUUCACAGGGCAAGAGCAGAGGAAACUGGAGAGCGAAUGAUCAGAGGCAGGGAGGCCAAUACAGUGGUAGAGGUGGUGGUGGUGGUGGUCGACCCCAGCCCCCAUCCAGCCCCUCCUACCAGCAGACCAACAGUGGUUACAGGGGUCAGAACCAAGGUCAGGGUCAGGGUCAGGGAGGAAACUGGAGACAGUCACCCACAUCAAGAGGAGGUCAUGCUGGAAGGUGGAAUAACUCACAGAGAACCCCACCAAGGAACUCGAUGUUUCCUGACAACCACCAGCAGCAGCAGAGAGGUGCUUCAGGUAACUCCCAUGUCCCCUGGUCCACCCAGGACGGGAGCAGCUUCAACCCCAUGGCCCAUUCCAGCCCCGCCUUCCAGACUGGUCCUCAGUCCUUCAAACCCUCUUCUUCCAAAUCAGACAGGGUCUCCCCCGUACCCUACGGCAGCGGUAGAGACUCCUCCCGUGGUGGUAGGAAGGGAUCUCCUGGUGGUGGGGGUAAGGGAAGUCGCCUUAAUGUCAACGCCAAGGAGUUCCAAGGGUCAGGCUACAAACCGAAGGGGGGCGUCCGUCCACCCCCUGGUUUCUCACAGUUUUAAACAUCUGGAAUUCUCCUGGUAGGAAGGGAUCGUCCGGCACGGUGUGGGGGUAAUCGCCUCAAAGUCUGUGCCAAUGAGUUUCAUCCUGGUUUUCAAUAGUUUUAGGAAUCCAGAAGUUGUCUGUUGAGCUAAAAUGUAUAGGAGUUGACGCCUGUUCGGCUCUCAAUAGACAAAUUCUCCUCCUUGGAGGUAAUCUUGAGUUCGGAUACGAGGGGAAUAGUUUGAAAGGACUAGAGCAAUUUUGUGUUUCAAAAUAUACUUUAAUGUAAGCGUUACCCAGGGAAGUCCACAAACAAAAUUUAAACUUGUGAAAUUGGAUUGUAGAAAGAGUAUGAACUGAUGUAUGCGCAGCACAAAGUCCCUUGUAGACAAAUUCCUGGGCUUGCUGAAGGGCUCUACGAUUCUUAGAUGCACUAAGGUGCAAUUUGAGCCAUAUUUCAAAGCAUUUUCAAACAAAUGUUGUGAUUAAUAUUUCAUAAAUGAUUUGAUUGGAUAUGAAGUUUAAUAUCUUUCUGAUUUUCAAACCUGUCACUGUUACAUGUUUAAACACCUUGUGGACCACCCUGUGGUACCCUUGUUGGGGAGAAUUUACUCUCAGGUUUCCCAGCUUUCCUUGAAAUCAGGGGAAACCUGAAAAUGAAUUCCCUUCAUUUUCAGUCAGGGAAGAUGUCAGAGGAUUUGAGAAAAAAAAUCACUCAAAAUCAGAGGAAAUGAGUUCAUUGGCCUAAGAAGUAAAUACAGUCUGUUAUACAGUUUUUCAUUGAAACCUGUACAAAAGGAGCCUGUACAUAAGGACCACCUGCCUAUAAAGACCUAUGUUCAUGUUUCCCUUGAGAGGUCUUUGUAUACAGGUUUCACUG